AUGCACUCAUUUGCGGAUCCCGCUAAGCCUUUCUUUGCGCCACUACAGUUGGUAGUUUCCGGUGGAACCAAUAUUUAUCCGGAGGAAAAGACCUAUGUUCCAUCGCCCGUUUCUACGGGCACCGCUUGUCAUGAAACUGUUUUACAAGCAAUAGAUACUGCUCUUAUUGAAUGUCUGCAAAUCGAUUCUUUUGAGCUGUGGUGGUACGGCGGAUUGCAAGGUACGCCGGUUGAUCUUGAUCAACGAAGUUUUUUGCGUAACCACUUCGAUGUGGAUAGCAUCGACCAGUUUCUCCACGACUUUUCAUUGUCUUUCACAGAUAUUACUUUUGAUAAAAAUAUCUACAUAUAUGUUUGCGAAAUUUAUGGCAAGAAACGCGAUCUUCCCAGAUAUACCGUGGGAGUACAGGGCGGUUAUGAUCGCGAGAAAACUCUUUACCGUUGCCUUAUGGAAGCUUUGUGUGUUCUCGAAUAUAACAUGAACCUUCCGUGGAUAAAUUACGACAAAUGGUUGUCGGUUGAGAAAGAUGUCAAAAACAUCAAAAACUUUGAUGAAAAUGUUAUCAAGUAUGCAAAAUACGGAAAACCAAACCUAGAGUUCGGGGCGCCAAACUUUGUACCAGGGGAAGUAAAAGAUUCGGCGUUGUCCUAUGUCAAGAAAAAUUAUCCUCGUUCGGGUUAUCUGGUAAUAACAGCGCCCGAAUUUGAGGGUCUUAACUUGGAGGUUGCACGUGUGUGUAUUCCGGAGCUCCUCCCGCUAAGUUUGCCUUCCUAUCCUCCCGAACAUCAUCCCAGGUUUUUGUCUAACGGAGGUAUUGUUAAUCAUGUUCCUCACCCUUUGGCAUAA